AUGUUGCAUGUUGACAAAGUUGAUAGUUUACUUACUGAAAAACUAAAAAUCACUGGUACAGGCCUGGUCCCUUUCCGAUGUUACAAGUUUUAUUUGAAAUUACACUACCACCAAGGCCAUUUCCAUUCAUAUUGUGUCAUUCGAUCUGAUGAAUUUGGAAAAAUCGAUUUAUCGAAAGACAAACCGAUACGUGGAACUUAUCAUGAUGUUGACCCAAUGGGACUCUUCAUUUCACUUCAAGCAUCUCAAGAACUAAGAUUUGGCGGCUCUUUGAGAAAUGACUCGGCUAAACCAUCGUUUUAUACUUUGAGACUAAUAUCCGAUUCUGAGAAAGUUCUCGAUGAAAUCAAUCUCAAAAAACAUUGGUUUCACCCUCUUGUCACUAAAAUCGAAGUUUCACAAGACGGUCUAUAUGGGACUAUUUUCAAACCACCUGGCGACGGUCCGUUCCCGUGUAUUAUCGACAUUCCUGGAGCAAAUGGAAAAAUAUCGAAUGGAGUCGCAGCGGUUUAUUCGUUGGAGGGAUUCCUGGUGUACACGCUGGCAUUCUUCGAUUAUAAGGAUCUUCCGAAACGGUGUCGAGACGCGGAUGUUAGCAUUUUUUCGAAGCACAUCAAUUUCAUCCAAUCUCUUCCGUACUGCUCCGACAAAAUCGGAUUAUAUGGAAUGUCUCUCGGCGGAACAAUUGUCAAUUUUCUCUCUACAAAACAUCCGGAACUCUCAGCAGUUUGCUCAAUGAAUGGACCUGAAUCGUUUUAUAAACCGACAGCUCUUUUGAAAGAGAAUGGGAAACUGAUGGAAUGCGAGUACUUUGAUCAUAAAUUAUCGAUUAAUUUCAAUGGAGUGAUCAAACAGAGUCCAAGUUUUACGGCUGCUUUCGAAAAGUUGAAACCGGAAACUAGCAUCAAAUGGAAUCAUAUUUCGAAGAAUAUUUCGUUUCGGAUUAUUAGCACCCUUGACGAUUGGAUUCUCGAUGGAGUAGUGAAUGGCUCAAACGUCCGCCGACAACUUAUAAACUCUGGACACCACGUGGAGAUCGAUUUCGUGCCCGGCGGUCAUUUGAUCUACGUGCCGUACUACCCUCACUCAAGUCAUACCUACAACAAAUUUGACCGUCUCUCCCUUGGAUUCGGUGGAGAAUGUACGCUCCAUGGCAAAUCGCAAGAAACAGUUUGGGAGAAUAAUUUCAAAUUUUUCAAAAAAGUUUUGGGAACACCACCGAGUCUUCCCGAUUAUGAGAGGGAUACUGUAGUGGUGGUGCCGGAUUCUGAGUUGAAAAGGGAUAGUAAAUUGUGA